ACUUGUUUUCGCUGAUAUUGCGAAAACCCAUUCAUUUUUCUCUGUGGAACCAGGAAGUGUUAUAAUGCUAACGCUAACAACUUAACGCUAAAAACACUCAACUUUCCGGUCGACUCCCAUUCUCUAUUCACAUUAAACACCGGGCCAGGGUGUUCGAGUGUCAUAAUUUACUCUGUCCGAUUGAAUCAACGUCAACAAUGUUGUUGUUUAGAGCAUUGCACGUCUUCCAUCUUUGGAGUUACGCCAUUGUCGUGACAGCGACCCACCCCGAGCCCAGUGUGCUGGAGACACCAAUGCACUUCACGCCUGUCACGGCAGAGUUGGCCGAAUCUGCUAUUCUUCCCUGCAGUCAGACCUGCUCUGGUACCAAAAUGUGGCAGAUGCUUGACAACGACGUUAGUGUUAUACGGUGUGACAACGGGUCAACAUGCAUCCAAGGAGACGGCUUUACUGACAGGGCCCAUUGUCCACGCCAGUGGAAAGAUCUUUCCUUAAACAUCAGCUCAGCUGAGUACAACGAUCAAGGAAAGUAUGCCUGCAGCUGUGAUGAUGUAGAGGUCUGCUAUGUCAGACUUUGGGUUUUGGUUCCCACUGAGUUACAUGUGUCAGCUGGAGACAAAGUGAUCCUCAACACUUACGCUCUGAUCAGCAAAACCGCAACAGUUCAUGACGUCCAUAUCAUAUGGGAAAAGGACGACCAAAACGUUUUGGAGUUGAAGAAUGGGAAUAUAACCUAUGGGCCUGGAUUUGAAGGAAGAGCAUACAUUUCUGUGGACAGGAUACUGAAGGGUAACCUUUCCCUAUACAUUGACAGUGUUAGAAAAACCGACCAAGGGAUUUAUUGGUGCCGUCACUCGGGGAGAAGUUAUGCAAUGAUGGAAGCAUAUCCUAACGCAUUCUACCUUAAUGUUGAAACAGGUGGGAGCAUGUUGACAACACGCUUGAUGAUAGUCAUUGGAGUUGCUGUGACAGCGGUUAUUGCGUGCGUUGUCUACAUUGUGAAGUGCGCCACUUCCUGUGAUCAUCUCUCUGUACAGGAGACCACCUGUGAUAGCCUUGCUGUUCAGGAAACACGUAACAAUUGUCUCUACAAAGAUCAAGAUGAAGACCAAGACCAGACCCCCAGCAGUCAGACAAAGACCAAAAUACCAAAUACCAAAGUUUUUUGAAAUCGCACACAAACACACACAAAUACACAAACACACACACACACAUACACACACAGACCUGUGAACAAACUUGCACAUACAUACACAUUUCAGAAUAUGCCCUCCAGUAUAAUUGGCAGUCUUAUUUGUAAAAAAGGCCGAUGACCCUCAUUAUUUAUCAAUUGUCUUUUUUUAAAGAAAAAUAAAAUAUAUCUUUUGUUAAUUCUUUGGUUUUGCGCACAGGGACAAACGAGGAUAGGCAAGAUACCCUGGGUGUACACAUAUUACACGCACGUAGGUUUACCUUUUGUUAAAACCCCAGGUUAGAGUGAGCACCACCCACUGUACUUUUGGGUGCUUAGCACCUAUCAGUGGGGGUAGGUUUAUUUAUGUUGUUUUCUUUGGUGCCACUGACAGUUCUCUUUGAUCCCUGUGUUGCUUUUCUGUAAAUAAAUACUUUCUUUAUUUCA